AUGAGUAAAGCACGUGUUAGCGAAGUUUGGACUUAUUUCACAAUAUAUGAUGCUGAAAAUGUAAAUUGCAAGUUGUGUGAUAAAAAGUACUCGCGCAAAGGCAGGACCACUAGUGCUAUGCGAAAUCACCUAGAAACUAAACACAAAAAUGAAUAUGACGAAUUGAAAAGAAGAGAGCAUGAAAAGCGAGGUGCUGCUAAAAUAAAUUCUUUGGCGUCCUCUUCGCGACAAUGUACCAAAAUCGAUCUUAAGCAAAUAUCUUUAGGUGAUUGCAUCGAAAAAAAUAAAAAAUGGGAUAACAACACCAAGUCUUUGGAGCUGGAUAAUUUAAUUGGCGAAAUGAUUGCACUGGAGGACUUACCAUUUAGUUUUGUGGAAUGCCUUGGAUUUGUGAGAUUGAUUUACCAAGUGUGCCCCUCGGAUAAUUUAAAAACUCGGCAAUAUUUUACUUCGUUUAUUUGCGAAAAAUUAUAUGGCAAGGUAAAAGAUAAAAUUCUGGAAUUAACCAAAUCAUUUGAAAAACUAGCGUUUACAACUGAUAUCUGGUCUGAUUCUUGCUUUGGGGUAUCGCUGAUAAGUUUCACUUGUCACGGAAUUACCAAAAGUUUUGAAAGAAAAAUGAUUGUUUUGAAAUCUGAAGUAUUUAAUGAUGGGCGACAUACAGGAGAAAAUAUAGCCGUAAAGCUAGAAACUAUGUUGUCAUCAUGGGGAAUUCCCAAAGAAAAGGUAUUAUGUAUUGUUAGGGAUGGUGGCACUAACAUGAAAAAAGGUAUUUCUUUAUUAAAUAUUGAAAAUAUUGAUUGUUUAUCGCACCAAAUUCAACUUGUUGUUAAGGAAGGGCUUAAGUCACAAGAAUCUAUCAUUGCAGUCAUUAACAAAUGUAAAAAGAUAGCAACACAUUUUCACCACUCUAAUGUAGCUCAAGAUGAACUUGCUAAUCUACAAAAAAAACUUAAUCAACCAAAGCUCAAGAUAAUCCAAGAGUGUGUUACGAGAUGGAAUAGCAACUUUUACAUGUUAGAACGAAUUUUAAAAAACAAAGAUUCACUGUGCCUUUAUGCUUCCACUACCAACAAAAUUUCACAACUAAAAAUAACACGAGAACUAAGUGCAGCCAAUGUUUCCAUAUCGUCUGUGAUUCCGUUAUUGGCCACCCUGGAAAAGGUGAUUGAUGAAUAUGAUGCAUCUGAAGAAUGCAUUAGAAAAACUAUACUCGUUUUAAAACAAGGAAUGAAUCACAGAUUUUCUCACUUGGAAAACGACAAAUUAUUUGCUACAGCAACUUUUAUUGAUCCUAGGUACAAAUCGAAAUUUUUCAAAAAUCCUUCAACCAAAGAUCAGGUCGUGAAAAAUAUUUUGGAUUUAAUUGGAAAUGAGGACUUAAGCUUUCCUUCAUGUUCAAAUUCAAAGCGUCCUAAAAUGACUAAUCAGGUUAAGGAAAACUUUGGCUCCAGUGCCAGUCUUUCAGAAAAAUCUGUAUCACUAAAAGAAACUAUGAAAAUGAUGAUGGACUCAAGUGAAAGCGAGGAAGAAUUAGAAAAUGAAAUUCCAAAUCCUGUAGAAGUUUUAAUUAAAAAAAAUAUUAAUGAAUAUGUAUUGGAUAAACGUAUUGAAAAUGAAAAAGACCCACUUCUUUGGUGGAAAGUUAAUAGCAAUAAAUAUGACUACCAAGAACAAAAGAGAAAGUGUUUCUAA